AUGAUAGGCCCAUUUAAAGAACCUCCUUUCUCUCUUUUUCGCAUCAGCCCCAUUGGAAUCGCCACCAGGAAAUACUCCGGGAAAAAGAGAUUAAUCAUAGACCUGUCCUCUCCACAUGGCACAUACGUUCCCAGCAUCAAUAGCAUCAUUCCAGCCCCAAACUUCUCCAUGAAAUACGCUUUCAUCGACCAUGCCAUCACUCUCAUCCGCAAAGCAGGCCACGGGGCAUGGCUCUCUAAAGCAGACAUCACCAGCGCUUUCAAAGUCUUACCCAUUCACCCAGAAUUUUGGCAUUUCUUCGGAAUAUUCUGGAAAGGAGCUUAUUAUUUUUCAGUGUGCCUCACUUUCGGCUGCAGAAGCAGCCCGAAGAUCUUCGACUCCCUCUCGGAGGCUUUAUGUUGGAUUCUCACCAAUAACCACAAGCUUCCCUACGUCCUCCACCUCCUCGAUGACUUCCUCAUCAUCACACCUACAUCCUCACCUCCACAUUCAGGACUUUCCACCCUCGUCAAAGUGUUUUCUGAAAUAGGUGUACCCCUUUCAAAAGAAAAGACCUUAGGGCCCUGCACCUCCAUCGAGUUUUUAGGCAUCACCCUAGACUCUAUCUCCUUUCAAGCAUCUCUACCUCUGGAGAAAAUACAACGCAUUGCAUUGCUCCUAUCAAACUACAUUCUAGCAGACAGAUGCACAAAGCAACAACUGCUAGCGCUCCUCGGCCACCUCAACUACGCCAUCAGAAUAAUUCCCCAAGGAAAAUCCUUUGUUUCCAACCUACUAGCAAAAGCAGCAACAAUACCCUCUCUACAUGAUAAAACCACCUUGGAUGAAGCUUGCAAAAUGGAAAUGCGGCUUUGGCAGCAAUUCCUGUCUUCAUGGAACGGCAUAUCCUUCUUUUAUAACGACUACAUCACACAUCCAGAAGACAUUCAGAUGUACACAGACGCAGCACCUUCCAUCGGAUUCGGCGGCUACUACAGCGGUCGCUGGUUCGCUUCUGAGUGGCCACCAGAGUUCAGCAAUCUAAUCCAGAAGUCAGAUUUUCCCUCAUCCGCACUUUACAAAAUGUAUCCCGUCAUCAUAGCGACCAUCCUUUGGGGGCACGAAUGGUCCCGACAAUCCAUUCUCAUCCACUCUGACAACUCUGCAGUAGUCGAAAUCAUAAAUAAAGGCAGAUCUCGUUCCCUGGCUAUCAUGCAAUUAGUCCGCAGACUGACACUUAUAUCAGCGCAACAUCAGUUCAUCAUCAGAGCAGCACACGUUCUAGGAUACAGCAAUAGCAUAGCUGACGCUUCGCGAGAAGCUAUUCUCAACGGCCUUGCCCAGAGUACCCUCUCCGCUUACUUGACCGGUUGGAAUUGUUUCAAGGCGUACCAUUUCUUCUACCAACUCUCAUUCCCUCUAAUGAAUGUUUGGUCCAUCUGCAAUUUCGUUACUCACGCCCAUUCCUACCAAAACAUCAGGGCUUCCUCCAUUCAGACCUAUCUAUCGGGAAUGAACUUUAUCUACAAACUCGCCACUGGCGACCAAUGCCAAACCAUUUCUCACCCUCACGUACACUGCAUGAAAAGUGGGAUUUUCGUCCCCGUAAGCGCCUGUAGGCUCCCAAAAAUCUCCCCAAUUUUCGGCAGCUUUUCCUCAAUUUUCCUCAGCUUUCCGUCGCGUUUGUCUGUGUCACAAAUUGUCAUAAACGAACCAUGA